UGUUCUAGACAUUGCGAUCAACCCCUUUUGUUUGUGUGAGAUUAAUAAAUUAGCCAAGAUGGAAACCUUGACAUGCUCCGAUGACAGCUGUGUGCCGGAAAAGGUGAGGCCGGAAUCGGAGUCCACAACUCUGGCUGUGCAAACAACUAAAUCACCUGUUUUGAAUAGUAGUAAACUCCAACCACAUUCCAUUAUCCUUCCCACAUUACAAUCAAACCAUCUCUUUUCCAAGCAUUUACACAAAAAGAGAUGUUCCUCUUCCUCUUCAUCCAAGGGGAGGCUGUAUAGGGGAGUGCGUCAGCGCCACUGGGGGAAAUGGGUGGCGGAGAUACGGCUGCCGCGGAACCGGACGAGAGUCUGGCUGGGAACGUUCGACACCGCGGAGGAAGCUGCUUCCGCCUACGACACGGCGGCAUACAUUCUCAGAGGCGAUCACGCUAACCUUAAUUUCCCCGAUCGGAAGCACAUGAUCAAGGCCGGCUCCGGCGACGCCAUCGAAGCCAAACUGCGAGCAGCUUCCAAUAAGGCGGACUCAUCGUCAUUGUCAUCGACGGUGAUGAUGAAUCCUAACAAGAAAUCAGAAGCGGAAGUGAUGGAGACGAUGAAUGCUGACGGGGAUGCGAUGCAGCCGUUGAGCAGAAUGCCUUCGUUGGACAUGGAUGUCAUCUGGGAUGAACUUGAUUGAUCAUUUCAUCACCAUCUUCACUUUACUUCGGUUCUACUAUUAUGUUAUCAAAUACUCCUACUAUCUUUCCGUUUGUUUUAAUUACGAUUAUUGAUAUAUUUAAAAACUGAGAAAUUACUUGGAGCAAAA